GGGUAAUCUGAAUUCCUUUGUACCACCAUCGAAAAAAUCAGGCAUUACACAUAGCAAAAUAAACUAUGUCCGAUUAUGAGUCAGAUUGUACGAGAGUAUAUUUGCCAAACAGCUUUCCUUACCCUCUAACGGUACUAAAGGUAAACGUAAAAGAAGGCGACGAGUUAGCAAAGUAUUCACCAAUUAUAACGUACAAAUACUACGAUUAUGAGCCUGUGCCCAUCAGUGAACAGGAUGAAGAGCAGACUGAUGAGAGUGAGAGAAGGCUAGUCAAGGUUGAAAAUGUGGGAACUUUUGAUUCAACCGUUAACGGGAAAGUCGCCAAGGUUUAUGUUUCCGUUAACGACGAGAUAAAAGACAGUCAGGCAUUAAUUGUUGAUGUUAUGGAGCCUUGUUCACAUCCUAUCCAAUAUGGAGGGCUAUGUGCUGUUUGUGGUCAACCAGUGGAAGAAGAGGAGGAUAACAGAAGAGCUCCAAUCUCCAUGGCACAUGGCACAACCGACUUGAAGGUAUCGUCAAGGGAAGCAGAGAGCAUUGAGCGAUCGUCUACAGAUCGAUUAUUAAAAGAAGAGAAGUUAUCUUUAGUUGUAGAUUUGGAUCAAACUGUUAUUCAUGUCACGGUUGAUCCUACUGUAGCUGAGUGGAUGUCCGAUCCAACGAACCCAAACUACGAAGCGGUGAAGGAUGUCAGGUCGUUUAUUUUGGAAGAGCCAGCUAUCACACCAUUUGGAUAUAAAGGUCCCAUGCUGCCACCAACUAAAAGAUGGUACUACGUCAAACUCAGACCCGGUUUGCAGGAUUUUUUGCUGAAAAUGAGUAAGCGAUAUGAAAUGCAUAUUUACACGAUGGCGACCAGGCAAUAUGCUGAGUCAAUUGCAAAAAUCAUAGAUCCGGAUGGGAUAUAUUUUGGUGAAAGAAUUUUAUCAAGAGACGAAAGUGGAUCCUUGACGCAGAAAACCUUAAAGAGGUUGUUUCCUGUUGACACAUCAAUGGUUGUAGUGAUCGACGAUAGAGGUGAUGUUUGGAACUGGUCUCCAAAUUUGAUAAAAGUUGUUCCUUACGAUUUUUUCCUUGGAAUAGGAGAUAUCAAUUCUAGCUUUCUACCAAGGCAGCAGAUGUUGUUAGGUCCUUCGAAGAGAAGAAAAUCUGUAAACAUAUUAGAAGAGCAGCUCAGCAUCGAAGGAGAGACAGGGGCUAAAAACGAAGGUGUUACUGGUGGAGAAGAAGGACAAAAAAGUGAUGAUAUACAGGCUAAAGAAAAAGUCAUUGAAUUAUCCAAGCUAAGGGAACAGACUGAAGAAGCCGUUAUUGAUGAUAAUGAAACCUCCGAACCACAAUUGAAUGGAGAUACCCAAACGUCGGAGACUGACAGCACAAGCAUCAACGACGAAGACUCCAAAAAUAAAGAGAAUACAACUCAAGACAUCGUGGACAAGGCUUCUUCUUCCCCGGUGGACAGAUUGGUCGAACUCAGUUUUGCAGGCGACAAUUCAAACCUUUUGGCUGUUCAAGAAAAUGAAAGAACUAGUGCUUUGGAACAGCAGGAGCACGAUCGGCCAUUGGCUAAAUUACAAGAAAAUUUAGACAAGAUCAUUGAGGAGGGAGAAGAUGAAGCUGCUAUUGAUUUCGAUAACGAAACGGAGAAGGAGAAAAAGCUGAAUGCCAAAUACAAGAGUAUGGUGGAUUCUAAGGAAGCUCACAACUUGUUAUACGAUGACGAUAAGGAGCUCAUAUACUUGGGCCAAGCUUUAGUCAGAAUACAUAACGAGUUUUACUUUGAAGUUGAAAAGUUCAGACAAGAGCUAGGCCAGGGCACAUUGCCAGACGUGAAAGAUAUCAUGACUGAGAUGAAGAGUAUAGUAUUCCAAGGUUGCGUAUUUUUGUUGAGCGGGGUGUUACCGCUUGGAACACCGUUGAAGAACGCAGACAUCGUGAUAUGGGCGAAGUCUUUUGGUGCUACGUUUGUGGAAAACUACAAUCCUAAAGUCACGCACGUAAUUUGCAAGAAUGGGGGGACCUUCAAGGUGAGGUUGGCAAAGAGUGUGGAUAGUAAUGUCAAAAUUGUCAAUCCAGAUUGGCUCUUUGCUUGUAUGUCUUUGUGGGACCGAAUUUCUGAGGAGCCAUAUGAAGUGAAAGUUGACAGCUUGCUGAGCAAGGCACAAGUAGACGACUUUUUGCAAUUUCAUGGUGAUGACGCUGCAUUAGAAUCCAAGUCGCUAGACUGGGGGGAGAUCGAUGAGGAGAUGAAGGAGUUUAUGGGAUCAGAUUACGAAGACGACGACGACGACGAUGAUGAUGAUGAUGAUGAUGAUGAUGAUGAUGACGGCGACGUUGACGACGGUGCUGCAACAACAGCCGACGAUGAGAACAGCAAAACUGCCUUGGAGAGUAAUGCAGCAAGCGACGAGGAUGCUUCCGCUUCUGCCAAGAGUGGGAAACAUACUUUGGAAGAUGACCUCGAUAACAAUAAAAGGCAGAAGGUCACCGACGAACCCAAAGGGCAGGCCGUGGGUGAAGACGAGUCCGAAGACGAGUUCGAGAGAGAUUUGCUUGAGCACCUAGCUGAUCUUGAAUGACUGGCGGCCUUGACUCUCCCUGUGUAUACACUCGUGUAGCGUUAUGUGUAACCUUACGUUAUUAUACUUAGACUGCUCCCGAAGACUUCGUGCCUGCCUCGGCCCUUCCCC